UCCGUCUUCUAGCCUCUAGCCUGGUUUGGGUUUGGGCGAAAAGGGACAAAUUAGCCGCGCCCCCAACCUUAACCUGGGACAUUUCGUGCAAGGAUAGUUGUCUCUUUUUUGUAUGUCACAGGGGACCCUAAAACUUCAGCUCUUUCCAGGACAUACAGUAACGAAGCUUUUGUCUAUAGUCAUCUCGAUUCCGAAAGCCCAGACCGUUUGUACGGUAUCGUUAACUGUUAGCUAACGCUAUGUUAGUGUUAGCUUGCUAAUAGGUCGUCCUCUCGUUUAGUGAGAAUUAGCAAGUUAUGUAUUGAUAGCCAAAUGUGCCUAUCCUAGAUGCUAGCUUUGAUGGCUGGUUUACCUACAUGUAGUUAUGCGUUUUGGUCGAGUGUACUCUGUUAUGUGUUGCUAAACCUCGCGAUAGCCAGUAGAAGGGAAAAUCAUUGCAUUUGAAGUAAUGUUAACACACUCUUUUGGCUAGCUAACGUUAGCUGAUAUGUUAAAUGGGAAUAUACUGUUAGUAGUAAGUCUUGCUAGCUAGUGUGGCACGUUACUAGUCUGAAGAAUUGCUAACAGACUUAAAUGUAAUGUUAGACCACUUCAUGUCGGCAUCAGAAAAGGCUAUUAGUAAGUGUCUAGCUUGGCUCAUUAGUUUCAGUGUAGUUUCAUAUGCAUACAGCUCAACAAAGCUAUUUUACCUACUCUCAAUUAGCUGUCUGUCGGUAAUGUCAUGCUAACGUCAGCUGGUUAACUUUGGCUCUAGUAAGCUUGUUAACUUAGCUGACUAGAACCUAACUGACAGGUUAAGUUGCCAGGUAUUCUACGGCGUUUGUUCGAUUUGACAUCAGUUAGUUGUGGGUGUCCAGGUAUGCUGCUUAGUUUAUAAGUUAAUACUUGAUAUAAAUAAAUCUUUGAAAUUCACUAUGACUGUAAGAUAGCUAUCAUAGCUAGUUGGUUAGCUUUAUCGCCUUUGCUGAUUUAGCUGAUCAGGUGUGUGUUAAUUGUUUUGUUGACACCAUCCUGUGACGGAGCGACUGUAACUUUAAAGCAACCCCUGUUUAAAUUGUAUUUUUGUAAGUGGAAAGGGUUAUCCAACGUCAUAUAUCUUAAAAGAGCACAUCUACAGGUUGAUAUAGGCUGCUAAGUAAGCUAGAAGUUGAAGACAUCUGACUGACAGAUAAGACAUGGCCCCCAAAAGACGACCGGUGCCGCUCAACAUCUCCACUGUUGGGGAAGGACAGCCCACGUCCACCACUAUAGAUGCUGCUUCUGAGGCCAACCUGGAGGCCCUGCAGAAGAAGCUGGAGGAGCUCGAUCUGGAUGAGCAACAGAGGAAGCGCUUGGAGGCCUUCCUUACCCAGAAGGCCAAAGUGGGCGAGCUCAAAGACGACGACUUCCACCGCAUCUGCGAGCUGGGUGCUGGCAACGGUGGCGUGGUGAACAAAGUAUGCCACAAGCCCUCGGGGCUGGUGAUGGCACGCAAGCUCAUCCACCUGGAGAUCAAACCGGCCAUCCGCAACCAGAUCAUCAGAGAGCUGCAGGUGCUGCACGAGUGCAAUUCGCCCUACAUCGUGGGCUUCUACGGAGCCUUCUAUAGCGACGGAGAGAUCAGCAUCUGCAUGGAACACAUGGACGGUGGAUCACUGGAUCAGGUGCUGAAGGAGGCCAAGAGGAUCCCAGAGGAGAUUCUGGGUAAAGUCAGCAUAGCGGUUCUAAGGGGUCUGGCGUACCUCCGCGAGAAGCAUCAGAUCAUGCACAGAGACGUAAAGCCCUCUAACAUUCUGGUGAACUCUCGUGGUGAGAUCAAGCUCUGUGACUUCGGGGUGAGUGGCCAGCUCAUCGACUCCAUGGCCAAUUCCUUUGUGGGCACUCGCUCCUAUAUGUCGCCAGAGCGCCUGCAGGGCACCCACUACUCUGUGCAGUCGGACGUGUGGAGCAUGGGCCUGUCACUGGUGGAGCUCUCCAUCGGCCGCUACCCCAUCCCCCCGCCGGACCCCCGCGAGCUCGAGGCCAUCUUCGGACGCCCGCUAGUGGACGGAGCGGAUGGGGAUACUCAGAGCACCUCACCCAGACCAAGACCGCCCGGGAGACCAGUCAGUGGGCACGGGCCAGCCAUGGCCAUCUUUGAGCUGCUCGACUACAUCGUCAAUGAGCCCCCUCCCAAGUUGCCACAGGGCGUGUUUACCUCAGACUUCCAGGAGUUUGUCACCAAAUGCCUCAUAAAGAACCCUGCAGACCGUGCGGACCUUAAGAUGUUGAUGAACCAUACCUUCAUUAAGCGCUCUGAGGUGGAAGAGGUGGACUUUGCUGGAUGGCUCUGCAAGACCAUGGGCCUAAACCAGCCCAGCACUCCGACACGCAUCACGGACUGAGACACACACACCCACACACACACACACACACACACACACACUGUGCUAAGUGACAGAUUCUCUAGCUCGCAUAUACGUACAUGUACCAACUUGAUGCCUGUGCUCUGUACUUCCACAGUGUGUGACACACACACACACACACACACACACACACACACGCCAAGUAUGGUAGAGUCUGAGUCACCAGUGUCAUCAGGACCCCCCCCUCCCCCUUAUGCCCUGCAGGGAUAUCCCAAGAUGCUUUGGGGCAACUUACAAGCCCCACACCAUCGGUGCCCCAUUAAUGCAUCAUUCUGAUAGGUUAAUGCCUCUGUCAGUCACUUUCCCUCCACUUCCAUUGGCCCAGUGUUUGGUCCUGAUGUCCAAUCGGGAAUGAGGUGUGUGUGUGUUGCAGACACGGCACAAAUGGCACCUUGGGGGGUUCACGUCAAGAGGACUCGGCCUCCACAGACUGUAGACGGUGUGGUCUCUGCUCUCACAGACUGUAGACAGCGUAGCCCACUGAUGCUAGCAGGAUCAUGCUAGUACUAACGUGUUUAGCAAGAUGUCCGAUUCUCGAGUCGAGCUUAGACAUGCACUGUGAAGGCAGCACAGAAGUUAUCAGAAGUAAUUUCAAUAUCUUACACACACACACACACACAGAAGCGUGCAUCAUACUGGCCUUCCUCAUUCACCUGGUACCACAAAGAGAAAGACCAAAUCUGCACUCAGUUACAACAUCCCAAAUGGACAUAGAGUAUAUAUAUAUAUACUAUAUACAUUUAUUAUAUUAGCGAGGCAUGGGCCUCAACUGGGCGCAGUGAUAUUUAAGUAUAUUUCAGAUAUAUUUCAGCUUUGUGAGUAAAAACUGAACUGAACUUCCUGGUGGCUGCGCAUGCAGAACUCUGUUGCGUUUGUUUUCCAUGUUCCCUUUUUGCUUUUUCCAUGUUUCCCGUUUGUUGCUUUUUCCCUGUUGCUUCCUAGUGUCUCUCUUUGCCAGAAGUUCAAAAGCUGCUGCAAGGGUGAUUUGAUAUGUAUACUCUUAUGUAUCUGGGGAAAUGGACAGGAGUGUUGUUUGUUUUUGUUUUGAGUUUUUUUUUUUUUGUGUGUAUACAUCACCACCCCCCACACACACACAGGUGUCUGCAUUUUGCUGCACCUCUCGUAUGUUCUCAAACAGCUGUCUACCAUCUUUACACACAACCCCACACACAUAGGAUGCAUCUGACAGGGUUAUGCGUUUUGCCCCAGCGUAGGUUAGUAUUCCCCUGUCAGUUGUAGAAUAAUAAACAGCUUACAGCUUGCGCCAUGAGUGCUGUAGCCAGCAGUCAACCCUUGAACAGGGGCGUUAUUCUCUGUUCCUGGAUCAGUGUUGGCUCCAGACGUGGUGUCCAAUUCAGAGAUGUGUUUCCUAGGACGCUGUGGGACUGUCUACCAUGCUGCAGAAGAGCGCCCUGAGCCCUGGCACAUAGCCUGGCGUAACAGUGGAGUGGGGGGUGGGCAGUCCUGAGGGCAUGAACUGAGCUGAGCCAUCUAGGGGCUCACAGCAUCUGUGGGUCAGGUGGCUAUCAAGGGCUUUACCAGUGAUGUAGGGCCAUACUUGCUUAUCUUUUGUUGAGAGAUAAUAAACAGUAGGUGAUGGGGAGCUAUAUUGAUUAACUAAGUUAUAUGAGAAGUCAAGUCUUAGUGUUCAGUACCUUAUAUACACACAUCAGAUUGGGGAGUUCUGAGGUGGGGGUGGCUUGGGCAUUUUCUCUUGUCUUGUUUUCUUGCUCUUUUCUUUGGCGCUCUUGAACCUCCCUCAAUCACAAUUUCAAAUGGAGAAUGGCGCCACCUAGAGGCAGAGUUAUGUUAUUUUAUUUUGGUCUUUUUAAAUGUCAUUAUUGUCAAUAAAAGAUGGUGUGUAAGAUCACA